UUAUUUUAAUAUAAUAAAAUAAUAUCUCAUUAUUUGUAUUAUUAUUUAAUAUUUUUCGUCGACGUCGUUGUUGUUAUUAUAUUGUUUUUGUUUUUGUCGUGGUCGUCGAUUAUUGUACACCAGUUGUUUUCGCGUUUCGUCGUCGGCUUAUCUUUCGGUAUUUUAUCGAAAUUUUGGCGGCCGAGUUGCGAAGUACCCGUCAAAACAAAAAAAAAAAUAAUAACGAUUUCACGCGUUCAAACGGUUCCCCGCGAGACCGAGUGCCGGCCGACGAUAUCACAUGUAACACAGUUUUGCGACAUACGUAUAGAGUUAUUAUUUAAUUUUUUUCAAUCAUUAGAAAUUAAUUUUUUAUACGUUUUACGUUUUUUUUUUCCUACCCGCCGAGUGUGCCUAUAUAUGACGCAUAGGUUUGACCGCGCGACGGAAGAAAUAACACUCUCGAAUAAGGCGACAAGAUUGUACAGCGCAAGAAAAACAUUAUUACGAACUUUACGAAAAGCCGUUAGAUGUUUGAGCGCGCCGGUAUCGUAUAAUACCAUACGCAUAAUUUCACAAGACUACACUAUUACAGUCUGGGCCGCAGGCAACGUUCAUCGCGCCAUCCCUCAGGAUACAGGAUCGCCGUUUCUGCGCAUCGUUUUACUAUAAUAUUAUUAUAUGAUGGACGCCUCUCUACUGGCAUCAGCCACCACGACGGCCGCCGCGCACACGAUCGCCGUGGCCACGUCGACGACCGUGGCCUCCACGAUAGUCAGGAGCGGCCAGCGCAACGGCACGCACCGCGGGGCCGUCAACGUGCACGGCCGGCUCAUGUACGACGAGAUCGUCAUCAACGACGUCUGGAUCAACGCCAUCCUGUCCACGCUCGCCCUGUCGUGCGCCGCGUGCGUGUGCCUGUGCUUUUUGUACUGCAAAAUCCAACAGUGGAAACACGGAGUCCAGCGGAGGAGGAACGAAAAGAACUCGCGAAAGCACGACGCCGACUCGCUGCCCAGCUACACGAUCGUCACGGGGCUGCCCACGUACGACGAGGCGGUGGAGCGCAUGAGGGGAGGCUUCAGCUACGGCGGCGCGGCGCCCGUCCGCGACAACAAGCCGCCGUCCAAGCAGCAGCACGCGCCCGUCACCGUGUCCGUGGUGUGCGUCAGCGACCCGACGCCGCCGAAGCCCGACCCCAAGUUCGGGCUGGUGUCGCACAGCCUGUUCGUGCACGACGACGGGUGCAGCCACUGCCUGUCCGUCCAGGAGCUGUUGGAGACGUACAACGUGCGAUAGGCCCGCACGGCCGUCCGCCACCCCGCCGCCCUCCGAGCAACACACACACACACACACACAAACACACACACACACACACCCCGCCAUCCCCUCUCGCCCGCCGAGACGCCGCCCGGCGUGAUAAUUUAUUUCAAUAUAUCACACCUAAUGAUAUUGUAUUGUUAUCGAUGUAGAACUGCGUUGUCGCGUGCGAUGCGAUGCGGACGCGACAACGGCAGCCGAAAACAUGUGAGGCGCGCGCGCCGGCGGUCUUCUCCGGUCCCGCUGACGCCGCGCGUUACAUUAUAUUAUGACCGUUAUGAUGAUAAACGCCGCGUUUUAUAGAGCCCGCGGCGAGACGCGCCCGUGCGGUGUGCGCAUCUUACGUAUUAGCCGUCGUGCCCGGAUCUGCGUGCGUAUGUGUUGCGCGCGUAAAGCCGAUAAUUAGAGACGCGAUGUACCCAAAACCGCCCCGGAACAAUACAUAUAAUUAUUAUUAUUAUUAUUAUCGUCGUCGUUUAUUUGUGUAUAUUUGGUACCGAACACCCAUACGUAAGACGUAUACGCCUGUUCCGCCCGUGUGAAUACGACAUCGUGAGGGACAUACGAUUGCCCGCGUUCAAAGACAGUUGAACGCAACCGCAACUCUGGGAGCGCGCAGACGAAGAGAACUCGACGUGUAUCGUUUCCGAAACUAAAAAAUACGUUAUUAGUCGCGACGAUACAAAAAUAGCCUAUUUUCAAAAGCAAACCGCGUAAAUGUUGUGUGUCGUAAAAUUCCGCCAAGACCCUUUGCGACCGUACUCUGCGGAUGUAAGUGUCAUUGGAUUUGUCUGUAUAAUAUACGUAGUCGUGUUGUAUAAAGAACGAACGAUGUUCAAACAACGGUAGUGUUGGUCUAUCGACGGUUUUAAAACAGUUUUUUAAAUUUUAUAAAUGGCGGAAAAAAUAUUCCGAUUACAGGUAGGUACCCGUCGAAUCGUCGAAAAAACGUAUUAGGAACAUUCCCUGUACAUAGUGCACGAUGUAGUUAUCGAAAAGUCUUGUGAUAACACAAUAUUAUGUCACACGUCAGCUGUGACACCAAUUAUUGUAAUAUUGUAUUUCAGUUUUUUCAGCUCGUCAUCAGAUCCUAUAUGCAAAUUAACAAUAUUAAUGCUUAGUGAUUUAUAUUAUUAUAUACUAUAAUAGUGUACGAAACCGAUCGUUACGUGUAUUUUUACAGAGUUAACUCAGGUCACCUUAUUAGCUCAUUUGGCGGCGGCUUGGCUUGAAUCGUGUUCCGCCUCGUUACGACGAUACUCAGUUACUACAUGACACGUAUGGAUAAGUGACACGGCUAGGUGGUUAAAUCAUAGGUUUACUACUAAUACGCACCUCCUGCUCCACUUCGCUGUUUCAGAUUUCCUACGUUUCCGAUAUUAUACACAACACAACCGUCACAACCCCGUAUUAAGCAAAAAUAGGGGCAAUUAAAGGUGCUAAGCCAUUUACAAAUUCGCUUAGCUUUUUCCACCCUAAAAAUUUUCGAUUUGAUAAAACAUAUAAAUAGGUUUAAGUAAAUUAAAGUGAACACCAUAACUUGUUAUUAUAAUACAACUUAUAGCACACGUGUAAAGAUUGAAUUAAUAGCAUAUUUUCACCGCAGAGAAAAAACCAAAACAACCAAUAUUUCAAAUUCUAUUAUACUAUAAUAAAAAGAUACCUAAUUUAUUGUUAUAAAAAAAAAAAAAAAAAAAUGAAAAUUUAUCGCAAACUAAGUAUUUUACCAAUAAUUUUUAAAUUUUCACGAGAAAAUUCUUCAACCAACAAUCUGUUUCGAUCCAACACUUUCACUUUGGACUUUGGACAUUCUUCUCAGCCGUUUACAUAAAUGUCAUACGAAAAUAUAAAAUUGUGUAUCUAUAUAUGGAUGCACGACAAACACGCGUCGUGCAAACGAUAAUUAAAUAAACUUAUAAACAAUCGUCAUGAUCUACAAGCCCAUUUAAGAUAAAAUCUUAUUUUUUACAUAACACCUCGCUAUUCACUAUACUUUUAGUAGGAAUUUUUUUUCCGAGAGAGAGAAAGAUAGAGGAAUGUGAGUCCGACGAAAAUUCAAUGUGAGCAAAUGAUACGCGUACCCAUAAUUUGUACAUAUAAUAAUAUUUAAAACAAAUAUUUUAUACGAUUAAAUUACCGUCAAACAUUUAAGAUUGUUGGAAAUCGACCCCAUCCCCCUCAACAUAUAUAUAUAUAUAUGUAAUAGCGUUAAUGGCCAACGAGCUCUGCAGCGUCGCCGGUGUCGUAUUAUUAUAGGUCAUAACAUUUUUCACCGGAACAAUUUUUAUUCUCGUCAUCCGGGCGGCACUUUUCUCUCGCCCCGCGCGUCGAAAAUCUGUGUACCGCGGAUACCACCACCGUAUAGAAGGGGUUCGACUAAUGCUAUACGCGUAAUAUAAUGCACCGCAAUAAUAUACGCGCCAUAUUAUAUUAUAACAGUGUAUAUAGCACGUACGAACCGCUAAGAUAUUACACACACCAAUACACGAGCGCGUAAAGCGUGUGCGACAGUCCUGUAUUAUUUAGGUAUAUAAUAUAUUAUGCUCCUCGAAAAGCCUUUGUGCGCGCGACUUCCGCCGUUACGCUUACGACUUUGACUUUGUGUUGUGUUUUUUGUUGUUGUUGUUUUCUGUCGUCGGUAUAAUACGUACGAGUAUGUACUGUGCGACGUGCUUGAUUAUCGACCGGCACGAGACUCCUACUCGAUUUGACAACAUCAUAUUAUCGAAUACAAUAUAUAAUAUAAUUUCAAUAUGAUGCAUUAUGAUAGUAUAACAUAGUCGUGUAGUUGCGCAAGACAUGUAUCGUAAUAAUAUUAUGUGUUUUGUGUAGUGCAAGUAUCAAUGACGAUUGGAUUGUUCAAAUUCAUUAAAAGAAAAUUACUACCGAUAUAGAAAUAACAGCACUAAAUUAUUUAAAACGAUCUCCCCCCCCCCCCAAACAGUUAACAAAUAACAUUUUUUUGCCUUUGAUUUUUGAUUAAUUUUACGGAUUGAGUCACACUUAUUCUUCUCGACUUCUCGAGUCGCGCUCAGUACAGAAAAAAUGUAAUUUUCGCAUUCGGCCUUAAAAAAUGUAACGUUGUAACGUUCCAAUUACUGCUCUCCAGAAACCCUUCCACGACGUGUACAGCACCACUUAACACCUCAUUUACAUGUUUUAUUUAUUUAUAAAACGUAUAAUUUUCGCAUACAGCUAAAUCACAGGCACGUUCACUUUUAUAACGAUUCUUAAAUUACCUGACAGAGACUUUAUAGAGUUUACAGACAUGCAUGAUAUUAUAUAAGAAGAUUUAUAAAUACAUAAAAUAUUCAAUUCAAAUUAAUAUUUACAAGUUGAUGAAAUUAUCAGAUCGAGAGCAAUUAUACGAACGUUAAUAUUUUUUAAGCCGACUGUGAGUAGAACAUUUUUUGUUUAGGUGAGGAGUUGAGCAGUUCAACUACCCUAAAUUUGACAUUUUACAUGCUCGGGGGAGGGUCGGAGCCGAAGUCCACCCCCUUUGACGCGUCACUGAAAUAGGUUAGCGUUUGAUGUUAUCCGCGGUCUCUGUUGCAACCGUAAACGAUAAACGAUAGAUUUAGCAAUGCAGUUUGCUCACAUAAUAUUAUAUUAAUAUAACACUGUUUGAUAUUAGUCUACCUAUAUACAUAUAAUAUAUUGUAUUGUACCCUACACGGCGUUUUUGUGAGAUUUCGUUCACGUCGGUUUUACGAGUUCAAAUUAAAUAACGCACGCCGUCGUUGACGUUUCAAAAUGUUCGUCUUUUGGUCGAAUCGCUGCCCAAAAUCAUUUAGAUAGUCGCGUAUCGUUAUAAUAGACAUAUUACUACGAUAUUAUGUCUAAUAUAUAGCUUAUAGUGUAAAAUUAUUGUAUUUAUUUAAUUAUUAUAUUAUUGUUUUUUUUUUUUUGACUGCCAUCGUGUAAACUAUUAUAUGAAUAUAUUAAUUAUUAUUAUAUGUAAUAUGUAUUUAAUGUCAGCCGAUAGAAUUUCACUUUUAACUAGUUAUAAUAAUAUAAAGUCAUUCGAUUAAGAGCCAAACGUGUGUUUCAUUUUUAAAUUAUU